AUGGAGGUUUUCAAGCUCUUGUUCUCUCCUUUCUACAGGCUAUCUUUGCAGGGUCAUGUUCAUUCAGAGACCAUCUCAACUUUCUUUUGCCAGCUGAGCUGCAUUUCCUUCCCACCUAAGGAAGAGAAGUACCUCCAGCAGAUUGUGGACUGCCUCCCCUGCAUCUUGAUCCUCGGCCAGGAUUGUAAUGUCAAGUGCCAGCUAUUGAACCUGCUAUUGGGGGUGCAGGUGCUUCCUACCACCAAGCUGGGCAGUGAGGAGAGCUGUAAGCUUCGGCGCCUCCGCUUCACCUAUGGGACUCAGACUCGGGUCAGCCACACUCCCGUUGCUCACCAGGGCGCCUGGGAGACCAUCCCUGAGGAGGACCUGGAGGUCCAAGAGGACAGUGAGGAUGCUGCCCAUGUGUUAGCCGAACUGGAGGUGACGAUGCAGCAUGCUCUCUUACAGGAAGUGGACAUUGUGGUAGCACCGUGCCAAGGCCUCCGGCCCACAGUGGAUGUUCUGGGUGACUUGGUGAAUGAUUUUUUACCUGUGAUAACCUAUGCAUUCCACAAAGAUGAACUCUCCGAGAGGGAUGAGCAAGAGCUUCAGGAAAUCAGAAAGUAUUUCUCUUUUCCCAUAUUCUUUUUCAAAGUACCGAAGCUGGGCUCAGAGAUAAUCGACUCCCCCACUAAAAGAACGGAGAAUGAACGAACACCACUUCAUCGCCAGCUAAUUGACCUGGGCUAUCUGAGCAUCAGUCACUGUAACUGGGGGGCCGCUGGCCAGGACACUAAAGCUCAGAGCAUGUUGGUGGAACAAAGUGAGAAGCUGAGGCACUUGAGCACAUUUUCUCACCAGAUGCUACAGGCUCGCCUGGUCGACGCAGCCAAGGCCCUGAACCUGGUGCACUGCUGCUGCCUUGACAUCUUUAUUAACCAGGCCUUUGACAUGCAGCGGGACCUGCAGAUUACUCCCAAACGUCUGGAAUAUACGCGAAAAAUGGAAAAUGAGUUGUAUGAAUCAUUGAUGAGUAUUGCCAACCGAAAGCAGGAGGAAAUGAAGGACAUGAUUGUUGAGACGCUUAACACCAUGAAGGAGGAACUUCUGGAUGAAGCUGCCAACAUGGAGUUUAAAGAUGUCAUUGUUCCUGAGAAUGGGGAACCAGUGGGCACCAGAGAGAUCAAAUGCUGCAUUCGACAGAUCCAGGAACUCAUCAUCUCCCGGCUGAAUCAGGCCGUGGCUAAUAAGCUGAUCAGCUCGGUGGAUUACCUACGUGAGAGCUUCGUUGGAACCCUAGAACGGUGUCUGCAGAGCCUAGAGAAGUCUCAGGAUAUCUCAGUUCACAUCACCAGUAAUAAUCUCAAACAGAUCUUAAAUGCUGCCUAUCAUGUGGAAGUCACGUUUCACUCAGGUUCCUCGGUUACAAGGAUGCUGUGGGAGCAAAUCAAACAGAUCAUCCAGCGCAUCACGUGGGUGAGCCCACCUGCCAUCACAAUAGAAUGGAAGAGGAAGGUGGCCCAGGAAGCCAUUGAGAGCCUCAGUGCCUCCAAGUUGGCCAAAAGCAUUUGCAGCCAGUUCCGGACCCGGCUCAAUAGUUCUCAUGAGGCUUUUGCAGCCUCCUUGAGGCAGCUGGAAGCUGGCCACUCAGGCCGGUUGGAGAAAACUGAGGAUCUGUGGCUGAAGGUUCGGAAAGAUCAUGCCCCCCGCCUGGCGCGCCUUUCUCUGGAGAGCCGUUCUUUACAGGAUGUCUUGCUGCAUCAUAAACCUAAACUGGGACAGGAACUGGGCCGAGGCCAGUAUGGUGUGGUGUACCUCUGUGACAACUGGGGGGGACACUUCCCUUGUGCCCUCAAGUCGGUGGUUCCUCCCGAUGAGAAGCACUGGAAUGACCUGGCCCUGGAGUUUCACUACAUGAGGUCUCUGCCGAAGCAUGAGCGGUUGGUGGACCUCCAUGGUUCUGUCAUCGACUACAAUUACGGUGGUGGCUCCAGCAUUGCCGUGCUGCUCAUUAUGGAGCGUCUCCACCGGGACCUCUACACUGGGCUGAAGGCUGGGCUGACCUUGAAGACACGUUUGCAGAUAGCACUAGAUGUGGUGGAAGGAAUCCGCUUCCUGCACAGCCAGGGACUCGUCCACCGUGAUAUCAAACUGAAAAACGUGCUGUUGGACAAGCAGAACCGAGCCAAGAUCACUGACUUAGGAUUCUGUAAGCCAGAGGCCAUGAUGUCAGGCAGCAUUGUGGGGACGCCAAUCCAUAUGGCCCCUGAACUUUUCACAGGGAAGUAUGAUAAUUCCGUGGAUGUCUACGCUUUUGGCAUUCUUUUCUGGUAUAUCUGCUCAGGCUCUGUCAAGCUCCCUGAGGCAUUUGAGAGGUGUGCCAGCAAAGACCAUCUCUGGAACAAUGUGCGGAGAGGGGCCCGCCCCGAACGCCUUCCUGUGUUUGAUGAGGAGUGCUGGCAGCUGAUGGAAGCGUGUUGGGAUGGCGACCCCUCUCAGAGACCUCUCUUGGGCAUUGUCCAGCCCAUGCUCCAGGGCAUCAUGGACCGGCUAUGCAAGUCCAAUUCUGAGCAGCCAAACAGAGGGCUAGAUGAUUCUACUUGAAAGCAAAGACCUUUCUCUUUUACUCUUUAUUUCUUUCCUUCCCCCACUUUUUGGCCAUGGGAAGAAUUUGACAGUUGUUUUUUAAGAGAGCUCCCAGGGGAACUGAUGCUUGCUGGGCAGCUUGAAACCUCCCCAGGCAGAGGUGACUCCUGGAUAGUGCUGUCCGAAUGGCUGAGCAUAUUCAGCAGUUCACUGAUGCCUCAGCUAUUUCUUUAGCAAAAGAUUGUCUAGGACAUGGGUAAAAGGCUGAAGAAAGCAAUGUUCUGGCCUCAGAACUGAAAAGGAGGUAAAUGUUACCAUUGUCCGUUUCACUGUAUGUUUCUAAGACAAGUGGGACACUGCAUUGGCAAUAGUAUUAAAAACUAUAAUUUUCAUAGUUUUGGCAUUAGCUAGGGAUAGUUUGGUUCUAUCCACUUGUCAGAACCAUUAGAAAAUGUAAGCUCGGUUCUGGAAUUGUGAAAACAUAGGCGCAAAAACGUAACGUGCGGAUACUGAGACCCAGAGAUCUCCGGUUGCAAUAGCCAGAGGCCCCAGCGAUAACGCUAGAAACAAAGCUCUCUGUUCCUUCCAAUGCCAGUGUGUUUACACUUACAGGACCACAUAGCCCUGACUUCUGGGAGAGUACUUCACAGUUACAUCACCAAGAGGCCACAAAGACAAAAGUGUGUGCGUGCGUGUGCGCGAGCUAUUGGAGUUUGAGUUACCGCUACUCCUAAAACAGAAUCUCUUCUACCCUUGGGUCUUCAUUUUUUUUCUCUUUUCGUCCUCAAGAUGAGGAAGCGCCAGUUAACAUGAUACUUAGGGGUGAGUGUCUGAAUAAAAUUGACUCAGUGUGAAGUAUUUGGUGAGCCUGAGAAGUGGACAGUGAUCUGGAGGCCGUGGGUCUCCAUACAAACCCACUAGACGGAUACCAGCUUGUUUUUUAAAACUUAAAAAAACCCCAGAAACUCUUCCUUUUGAGUUUGAAUCUAACACACUGAUGUUUUCAAACUUGAUCGUUGAGCUUUUUAACCAUGGUUUCUUCUGCCACUUGUCCCUUCUUUUUUCCUUAUUUUAAAUGUUAGCAGAAAAGAA